CGCGGCUCCCCGCUUCGCUGCCGCCGCCUCGCCUCGCAUGGCCCGGGCCGGCGCUCCCUGAGCCCGGGGCCGUGGGGCCAGCCGUGGGGCCAGCCGUGGGGCCAGCCGUGGGGCCAGCCGUGGGGCCAGCCGCCGCUCCCCGCCGGCCUCCAGCGGCAGCCGGAGCGCGAUGUGCCGCUGAGCCCCGCACCCGGAGCCCGGCCGACAGCCCAUAAAUCAUCCACAAACGAGUUUAUGAGAAAAGUAGAAGGAAGAAGGCCAAAGAGGCAUGCCAGAGAAGGAAGCUUGCAGAGUCCAAGGGGUUCAGAGAAGACUGCAGUGGGACUGCCUCUGAGAGGGAGCGUUUACAUCACUAAUUCUUGAAGGGCUUACCUUCUGGGACUCUGAGCUUGGAUUGCUGCCGGAACAUUUGUCUGGGACUUGGCCUCUGGGCUGGUUACUAAGGAUUUUCCCUGGUGCGUGACUUCGAAUAUGAUACUUCAGUAAUGCAGAGGCUGUAUCCUCCCUGGGCCUACCUUGGAAGCUAGAUCUGCGACCGCCCUUCAGUCAUGGUUGUUUCAAGAUUAAAGGCCAUUUCCCUGUCAUUGCCAAGCCUUUUUCUUCUUGCUUUUCAUCUCUCAGCAUCACAGAAUGUACCUGAAUACUCUGAAGCUGAACAUCAGCAGUGUGUCAGGAAAGAACACCCCACAAUUGCUUUUGAAGAUCUGAAGCCCUGGGUUUCGAAUUUCACCUAUCCAGGUGUGCAUGAUUUUUCUCAGCUCGCACUGGAUGCCAACAGGAACCAGCUCAUUGUGGGAGCAAGGAACUACCUCUUCAGACUUAGUCUACACAACGUUUCUCUCAUUCAGGCAACAGCAUGGGGUUCAGAUGAAGACACCAGGAGGUCCUGUCAAAGUAAAGGGAAAACAGAGGAAGAGUGUCAGAACUAUGUCCGAGUGCUGAUUGUUUAUGGCAAGAAGGUUUUUACCUGUGGUACCAAUGCCUUUUCGCCAGUGUGUUCCAGUCGUCAGGUAGGAAAUCUUAGCAAAAUCAUUGACAGAAUUAAUGGAGUGGCUCGGUGCCCGUAUGACCCCCGGCAUAACUCGACAGCUGUGAUUACAUCACGAGGAGAACUCUAUGCUGCAACUGUAAUUGAUUUCUCUGGACGGGAUCCUGCUAUUUACCGCAGCCUUGGAAAUGUUCCCCCACUUAGGACAGCACAAUACAACUCCAAAUGGCUCAAUGAGCCUAACUUUAUUGCUGCCUACGACAUCGGUUUGUUCACCUACUUCUUUUUCCGAGAGAAUGCAGUAGAACACGAUUGUGGGAAAACAGUGUAUUCUCGUGUGGCCAGGGUCUGCAAAAAUGACAUUGGGGGGAGAUUUUUAUUGGAGGACACAUGGACAACUUUCAUGAAGGCCAGGCUGAACUGUUCCCGUGCUGGAGAAAUCCCUUUCUAUUAUAAUGAAUUGCAAAGCACCUUCUACCUUCCUGAGCAAGACCUGAUCUAUGGUGUCUUCACCACUAAUGUAAACAGCAUAGCUGCCUCAGCAGUGUGUGCCUUCAAUCUGAGUGCCAUUACUCAGGCAUUUAACGGCCCUUUCCGUUACCAAGAGAACCCCAGAUCAGCCUGGCUGCCGACGUUAAACCCCAUCCCAAAUUUCCAGUGUGGGACGCUGAGUGAUGACAGCCCUAACGAGAACCUGACGGAGAGAGUCCUGCAGGACGCGCAGCGCCUGUUCCUGAUGAACGACGUGGUGCAGCCGGUCACCGUAGAUCCGUAUGUGACUCAGGACAGCAUUCGAUUUUCCAAACUGGUGGUUGAUAUUGUUCAGGGGAAGGAUACUCUCUACCACGUGAUGUAUAUCGGGACAGAGUAUGGCACCAUCUUGAAGGCCCUUUCUACCACUAACAGGAGCCUGAGGAGUUGUUAUUUAGAGGAAAUGCAGAUCCUUCCUGACGGACAACGGGAAGCAAUCAAGAGUCUCCAAAUCCUGCACAGCGACAGGUCACUCUUCGUGGGCUUAAAUAAUGGAGUGCUAAAAAUUCCUCUGGAGAGAUGCUCCAUGUACAGAACAGAAGGGGAAUGCCUAGGAGCCAGAGACCCCUACUGCGGCUGGGAUAACAAACAGAAGCGAUGCACCACCAUUGAGGACAGCUCCAACAUGAGCCUGUGGACUCAAAAUAUUACGGAGUGCCCGGUGAAAAACCUGACAACAAAUGGAAGAUUGGGGCCUUGGUCCCCAUGGCAACUGUGUGAGCAUUCGGAUGGGGACAGCACGGGCUCCUGUAUGUGUAGGUCACGUUCAUGUGACAGCCCGCGUCCUCGCUGUGGAGGUCGUGGCUGUGAAGGGGCCAGGAUUGAGGUCGCCAAUUGUUCAAGAAAUGGCGCUUGGACACCCUGGUCUUCCUGGGCCCCGUGUAGCACCUCCUGUGGGAUAGGCUUCCAGGUCCGCCAGCGAUCCUGCAGCAACCCUGCUCCACGGUAUGGAGGCAGGGUCUGUGUUGGACAGAGCAGAGAAGAGAGAUUCUGUAAUGAGAACAGUCCUUGUCCAUUACCAAUUUUUUGGUCUUCAUGGGGUCCUUGGAAUAAAUGUAGUGUGAAUUGUGGUGGAGGAAUUCAUUCAAGGCAGAGGUCCUGUGAAAAUGGAAAUACAUGUCCAGGCUGUGCUGUGGAAUAUAAGACCUGCAACCCAGAGAGCUGCCCAGAGGUGCGUAGGAACACACCCUGGACUCCUUGGAUGCCUGUCAACAUCACCCAGAACGGAGCCCGCCAGGAGCAGCGCUUCCGCUACACGUGUCGUGCCCAGCUCUCUGAUCCCCACGAGCUGCAGUUUGGGAGGAAGAAGACUGAGAGUCGAUUCUGUCCCAAUGAUGGCUCGGCAGUGUGCGAUACUGACUCUCUUGUUGAUGACCUCCUCAAGACUGGUAAGACCUCUGCACGGAUUAUCAAUGGGGGCUGGUCCUUUUGGGGGGCCUGGUCUUCCUGUUCCAGGGACUGUGAGUUGGGCUUUAGGAUCAGGAAGAGAACGUGCACAAACCCCGAACCUAAAAAUGGUGGAUUGCCCUGCGUGGGGUCAGCGAUGGAGUACCAAGACUGCAACCCACAUCCCUGCCCAGUGAAAGGCUCCUGGUCUUGCUGGACUCCUUGGUCUCAGUGCUCAGCAACCUGCGGAGGAGGACACUACCAGCGCACACGGACUUGCACCAAUCCAGCUCCAUCUAGCGGAGAGGAUAUCUGCAUUGGGCUGCACACUGAGGAGGCCCUCUGCAACACGCACCCGUGUGAAGGUGGCUGGUCAGAGUGGUCGGAGUGGAGCCUGUGUAAUGAGGAGGGUAUCCAGUACCGCAGCCGUUACUGCGAGGUGCACAGUCCAGACUCUUCUCAGUGCGUUGGAAACAGCACACAGUACCAGGAUUGCCUGUAUAAUGAAAUUCCAGUGAUCCUACCAGCCUCCAGCAUUGAUGAGAGCACAAACUGUGGAGGUUUUAGUCUCAUCCAUCUGAUUGCCACUGGGGUCUCCUGUUUCUUUGGCUCUAGCCUCUUAACGUUUGUGAUUUAUGUGUACUGCCAGCGCUGUCAGAGGCAGUCCCAGGAGUCGACUGUUAUCCACCCAACCACUCCCAACCAUCUCCAUUACAAGGGCAACACAACCCCCAAGAAUGAGAAGUACACCCCCAUGGAGUUCAAGACACUUAACAAGAACAAUCUGAUACCAGAUGACAGGACCAACUUCUACCCGUUGCAGCAAACCAACGUGUACACGACGACCUACUAUCCCAGUACACUGAAUAAAUAUGACUACAGGCCUGAGGCCUCCCCUGGAAGGACCUUUACCAACAGCUGAUGAUGGACAGAUCCUACAGGACAGGAUCACUUCCUAUAUGAAUUUUUUUUUUUAAUUGAUUUUGUGGACCAAAUACAGGCCCAGCCUCUAGAUGUAAAUAUUGUACAGUAGGGUCUUUUUUUUUUUUCCUUUGGUUAAUUGUAUUUCUUGUAAACAGCACAUCUCCCUACAAGGACAAAAAUGCAUAUGGACCUUUACACAGAGCUUUUGCGGCUAUUUGGUUGGAGAUGGCUCUCACUACUGCAACUGUUCAUGGCUGGAAGAUCAGCGUUGCUGUCCAAGGCCGACGAUGUCAAGGAGCUGGCUGUGUGCCGUGCUCAGUGGCCGCCCUGCGGCAGCGCAAGAGGUGGUGGCCUCCUAGGACAGGGGUGUCUGUCCGGUGAGGAGCAUCCUUCCUGAGACAGGGUAGCAAUGGUGCACUGGAAGACACGCGGCUCAUGGAACAGGCCAAGCGGGACUCCAUCGUGCCAACAACUUGAAGAACGUUUUCUUUUCCUUUUCCUCUUUUAUUUUUGGUUUUUUUAUGAUUAUGAAAAAAAAAAAAGAGAAAAAAAAAAGUGACUUCCUAGGGCAUUGUUCCCUGUAUGUUCAACAGAGUCUUUUCAUACUACAGGAAAUAAUCUCUGCAGCCUUCUUUGGUAAUAUGCAAUUCAGCUGAUGAGAAACAACACACAAACAACGUGCAUUACCCAAAGAAGCUUUCCAGAAUGUUUCCAGUCUUAAUUAAAAGGAAAUUAUACAGGCAGUGAGACACUGAGAAAAAUAAAUGUUGGAAUAACAUCGGAGACAUGAACUUAGAGUGCCUAACAAACAAAGAUGUUUAUAUCACUGGAAAAAAAAGUAUGUGAUGAUUGCCGCACAAGAGCCAUGGGCUUUUUUUCUUUCUUGCUUUUAUUUUGUUUCUGAGACAGUGUUAACUCUUUUUGUUCUAGCUUUGAUCCUGAUUGUGUCUGCCAGGAAAGACAACUUUAGAGGCCACACUCUUCUUGUGGGAAAUCACCAUGCUUUGGGCUAAUUUUUACUCUUGUUUUGUUGUUGGUUUUUAGUUCAUUUACUUUUCAAAGAGUGAAUAAUUCUGACUUUGCAGGAGGAGGGUAUUUUUGUAAGGAAUGUUUCCAUAGUCUGAUGUGACCCAGAAAGUCUGCUGCACAUUCUUAUAGCGUCUUCCAGUCAGUACUCUAUGAAAUAGUAACACAGCUGGGUAAUGUGCAUUGUUUGCCAAUAUUUCCUUAAUUUUUCUGAACAAAACCAACCCAACAAGUACAUGCUGCUGCAGCUAUUGAAGUAAAUUGGGGCGGUAGCAUUAUUAAACAGUAUAUCCAGCCUUGAAAUGUAAUUUUGUGUAUGUGUGUGACUGUGUCUAUAAGAACUGUAUUAGUUUGAUGCAGAAGCCGUGUUGUCUGCAGCCAGAUGUUUGUCUGACAUAAUUGUUUGGCAAAAAGGAAACUUAUUGCUGGUGCUUAAUGUACAAUUACAUCAAAUGUGUUAGCAACGUGAACAAGUUCACCACUGUUAUCAUUCAGUGUUUCUAAAUAUUUAUAAUGAACUCCUGAUGCUAAGGAUUUUAGAAUGUCGCAAUACUGAGCAUGAGAUAAAAGUACGCCCUGAAACACGCAUGAGCUCCACGUGGUCCCGAGCUUGGAUUUGUUGUCUGCAUCUUACCCGACCGAUCGCCAUGCCCCCGCCUGGCCAUCGGCUCGGCCGUGCUCCCUGCCGUUCUCUGUCUUUGCUUUAUUUCAGGUUUUGCCAUAAGCCAGCACUUAGGUAGUUUCUCAGUGCUGUUCCUUUGCAGUUGCUUGUUUGGAGGGCCAGCCUGGGCUGCGUGCCCUCUUUCACGUAGGUAGCCGGUAGGGAAUGAGGAAAGGCUGUGUUGCUCGUGACAACUAUAUUGCUUUUCCUGCGAGGAAAAGCCAACAUGGCUUUGUAAGCCUUUGUUACGGUUGUGUGACCAGAAGGCAAAAAUAAAGUAGCCUUCCAUUUUUAAAUUACUUUCUUCGACUUCAGUUUGCAGUGAUUGAAGGCUGUAGGGAUAUUGGUAAUAAAGUGGGGUCAUUAGUACUGCCACAAGGAUGCCUUAGGCUCACUGGUGCCCGUCAUUUCCAGCAGCUGUUCUUCUAAUUUAGCAGCUCAUCCUGCUUCUGCUCCGGUUUCACCAGGUGAAAGAGAGGGAACGAAGAAAGAGAGAGGUGCCCUUAAAUAAGCACAGUCAGAUUUGAAGCUGAUGCAGCCUUGAAGCUUCGUCUUCAGCGGCUGGGCAAGAGUGUCGGGGCAAGAGUGGCAGCAGGGAAGCAGACUGGCCAGCACAGCACCCCAGCACCAAAAGCAGCCUCCAGCGCCUGCAGGUGGGCUCUGGGAAAACUCCUUUUGAGGAGCGAUGCCUUUGUUCCAUGAAGAAUUCAUCCCUGUCUUGCUGAAUUGCCUGAUGCCCCCUGAAACACUGGAAAUCCUGUCUUGAAGCCAUCCUAACAAGCAUGUACCCAAGGGGUUGAACAUGAUUACGUAGACCAGCUGGCUGGGAUUUCCCAGGUUUAAUUUAGGUGAGUCAGAAGAAAGCAUGGGCUCCAGAGGUCAUGUUAGUUGUACUAUUGUAAAGCUAAGGCCACCUGCAAGCUGCCCUCUCAGACUGUGCCCUGCAUCAACACAUUCUGCAGUUACCAUGCGCAUGGCAGGAUUGCAGCUGGAGUUUGGGGGAUGUGAGCAAGUCAAAUCUUGCAAUUUUUUUUUUCAUUUUCUAAUUUCCCCCCCUUUUUUUCUUUGUUCCUUAAACAUUUUUCCAUUCUCGGCAUCACAGAAUAACAGGAUUUAAACUGAUUUUUUUUUUCCCAAAGAAGGUACAAUGUAGCAGUUGAAUUUAUUUAAAUGCUCAGCUCACCAAGAUGGGUCAUUACUGCCAUUGUGCUCGGAAGGUGGAUGUUCUGUAGGCUAUUAGAGGGCAGAUGCUUUGAGGGUGGUGCAUGUGGUUAUAGUUUCAUCAAGACAUUCCUUCUUACCAGCCAUCCAAAUGGAUGCAGCCCUUUUCAUGUAAUUGGCAAUCACAGUGAGGGUCUGUCGACUCCAUUCAAGCAGAAAGUAGAAUUCAGGAGAGAGUGAGAAAGAGAGAAAUCAGAGCUCUUAUUACUCAAUUAAUGUUUGUGUGAGAGUGCAGUUCCUUAAGGACAAUGUUAAUGUGAUAUGAGGGCUGCAUUUUUAUGAGCCCUCUAAUGCAUGGCAGGUUAACGGCACCAUGUGCAGUGGUACUCCUGCAGUCCAGGUAAUGCAGCAGUCUGAUCAUCAGGUCUGUAAUACCUGUAGCAGAUUGAAUUGCUCCUGGAUGCUGAACUUGCUUAGAUUUCCUAUUCCUAAGUCCAGUCUGAAGUACACUGGAAAUGCAUUUAGAUCAGGAGCAUUGCUUCCCAGAGGACUCAGCUUGCUAUAAAUAUACCUUUUUCUUCCACUUCUAAGAAAGAGAAGGGGGACCCUGGGCAGUCACAGUGUUGGUCUGGAGACACUGGCUCUGUGCAAACCAUUGGGUUAGGAGUUAGGAAUACAGCGAGCAAAACAUGAUGGAAAUCUUAUAGCCAAACAUUUCACUGAAACAUUUUUCACGGGGCUGUUCCUUCUCCCUCCUCCAUGCAAGUGGCCGCGUUCCUCCCUGCAGAAGGGGUGUGAAUCCCGGCGUUAUCCAGGCCAUAUCGUGUGUGGUCACGAUAGGGCUUCACCAGCCCAGACAGACAGCUUUCGCCCACCAGAAAUAGCUCGCGCAGCUCGCUCGGAGACUAACCAGCACAGGAGCUGCUGCUGCCAUAGAGCUGCGCUUGAAUGUUGAGCAUAUGAGCCCCGGCUGCUCUUAAAUACGCGAGCUGUGCAGAUACCAUAGGAGAAGAAUGUGUAGUGUGUUACGCCACUGUUCCUAAUGCCUUACUUUCAGAAAAGAGAGAGCUUUCUCUGAAAUCAGCAGAGAGUAAGAGUGGAGUCCACGUCCGAUGCAGACAAUUUGACGCCUCCAGUGUUAAUCUGAUGUUGAGCCCACCUGGAGAGGAAAUUGCUGUCCGCUGAGAUUGAUUUAUUCUUUGUACCAAAUGUAGUGUGGGGAGAGUUUUAUAUAUAUAUAUAUAUAUAUAUAUAUAUAAAAAAUAUAAAUGUAAAGUUUGUGUAACAACUUGCUCUUUUUUUGUAAUAGUGUAUACAUCUAUCAGUGGAUAGAUACAGUAUAUAUUUAUAAUAUAUACACACUAUAUAUAUAUAUAGUAUAUAUAUAUAUAUAGCAAAAUGCCUGCAGAGGAAACUUAGAAUAAGAAAGGCAGUGCUGGUAUUCCAAUUCCCCAGGGACAAAGUGAAGGAAAAAAAUAUAUAUUCAAAUCUACUGUCCUUUCCAUUAGGUUUAACAAAAUACGCUUUUGAGGUAAAUGAGAUAUAAUUUUUUAAUUGAAAAGAAAAUUGAUUUUUCUAGUUAGAAGCGCUGAUUCUCCCCUAAAUCAUUCUGGUUCAGAAUGCCUAAGCAAAAGAUUCUCACUACUGCUUAUAUUUUCUGAAUAAGCCUCCUGGAUCUCUCAUGUGUAUCACUCUGUUGUUUUUGUAAUUAUAAGUAGGGAGUAAUUGUGCAAAGAAAAUUAAAAUAGCAAGUAGGAGUAACAAAUAUUGUACCAUUAGAGUAAAACACAUAACCUACUAGAACUGGAAAAAAUGUCAUCUUCCACCUUAAAGAAGUUAGCAAUUACUUUCUGAGUUAUUGAUCGGCAUUACGAGACUUGCCUUAUAGUGACACAAGGAGGUUUUAGUGCAGAGUUUAGGGUUGAGAAACCCUGAAAACCAAUGGCUUUGGGUUUUCUGAGGGGUCCAAAAAAGACACGGCGUGCAGAGGCAGGCACACAGUGCUUCCAGCGCUGGUGGCCACGGCUCCACAGCUGUUCCUCGCCCCGUCGCUCCUGCGAGCUGUCCCGUGCGCAUAGCAUGGCACGGCAUGGGGCCCCUUGGAGCCGUCUGGCACGGCAGAGAAACACCAGGAAGCUGGGUUUGAUGUUUUUUUUUUCUCAACAGGUCUUUUUAAUGCCAUUCAGAGCAAGGACCAGACUCGUACACGGGACUCUUCCCUUUAAGCCUGUUAGGAGAAAACUUGAGAAGGCUUCAAGAGCAGGUUUGGGGUGGGUGAGCAAACCCACGGGUUUUGGUGCUGACUGAUUGCCAGAGCCUUCAAAAUGGACAAAAAAAAUAAAAUCAAAAAACAAAAGACAACCAAACCAAAACACAAAAACACCAUCUGAGCAUGGGAGUCCUUGGGGGGGUUAUUCAGCCUCAGCCAUUCUCCCCUGAAAUUCAUUCUUUGGGCCAUUUUUUUUUUCUGCCUCCAGCCUCAGCUGCAAAUUCACCCCUGCUGUUGGAGAUCGGUCCGUGAUGUGAGAGUAGUGUUUGGCUUUCUGGAAUUCCCAUCCGUGAGUCGUUUUUAAACAAACCUGACGGUGCAAAGCAUGAACACCGCUGAGGCCCCGAUGAGCAGGUGCCACUCGUCCGCGUGCCGCGGAGUCAGGCAGAGGUCAGCGUGGCCAGGCCAUUAGGAACUGCAGUGAAACGUUUUCAGUACCAAAACGUCAAACAGUGAAAGCCAGCCAGCUGCACGAUAGCGUGGUUUACAUCCGCACACAGCCCCUCAGAUAACAUCCGAGCAUGCAGGGCCCUUAAAGCGCCGCGGUGAAUGGGGAGCGUUCCCACGGAGGAGGCUUUAGGGAGGACGCGGCGUGGGUGGCACCCAUAGGGCUGAACUCGUGGUCGGGGCAGGAGCGUGACGAUGCAGUGCUGGGCCUCGGGUGCAGGGGAAACCGUUGUGGGAAGGCUUGCCCCAAAACAGCAAAACCUGGAGUGUGUCGCUGGACUCUGUUGUGAAGGCACAUCACCCUUCCUAUGCAAUUGAACUCGAUGGUACUU